UAGAUGCCAGAAGCCACCCCAGACAGCCUUGCAGACUGGUCGGCUGUGCCCCUCAGGUCCCGCCCGCGUCCCUGCUGGCAAGCUCCCAACUCCAGGGUGAUGAUGACUCGGGUGAUCCCCACCCGGCCGACGCUGGGAAGGGAAGAACGCUGGCAGAGUCCUGAGCCUGCGAGGUGGCAGGUGGCUCGGUGAUGGGGACCGUGAGGGGACACGGGGAGGGGGAGGGGGAGGCGGGAGAUGGAUGUCUUGGGGAGAGGGCAUGGAGGGAGCGUGCCAGGGAAGGCGGACGGAGGCCAGGGCCCUCUGGGGAAAGCAGAGGCGGGGGAACGUGGGGCAGAGAGAGGAAAUGAAAAAGCCGGGGUGAGCAGGCAAGAUGAGUAGAAAGGGAGGGAGGAGGGAGGGGAGGAGGGAGAAGCUGACACUCGGAGAGGGACCCAGCGAGCACGACCCCGGAGAAGCAGCGAGGGGACAGAGGAGGAGCUGAGAGAGACCGCAGGCAGUGAGGAGGGGCUGGGAAAGCAGAAACGCGGAGAAGGGAAUAGACGGCUGUCAGGAGAGAGGGAGGGAGGGAGGGAGGCAGAGGGGGUGGACCAGGGAGGAGACAGAGACAGAGACACAGCAAGAGACAGAGACAGAGAAGGAAAGAACUAGGGGCUUGAAGAGGAAAAGACUAGACAGAGAGACAGAUGUAGGGAAGGAAAGAAAUAGGGGAAAGAGAGAGAGAGAGUACCAGAGCCUGGGGAAGACAGAGGGGAGAGAAACAGUCGCACAAGAAUUGCGGUGGGUUGACUGGGACCCUCCCUCCCCCCCCCCCCCCCCGACCUCCAACUGCAGCGAGGACCACGGGGAGGGGAACGCGGUGGUGGUCGUCGCAGGGCCGGACCCGGCGCGGCUCCCCUCCUUCGCCACCUCCCACCCCGGGGACCCCUCCGGCCCGGGCGGCCGCCGGAGGCCGGGGAUGGCGGAUUCGUGCCAGAACCUCACGUACGUGCGGGACUCGGUGGGCCCGGCCACCAGCGCCCUGAUGUUCGUGGCGGGCGUGGUGGGCAACGGGCUGGCGCUGGGCAUCUUGGGGGCGCGGCGACGGUCACGCCCCUCGGCCUUCGCGGUGCUGGUCACCGGGCUGGCGGUCACCGACCUGCUGGGCACGUGCUUCCUGAGUCCAGUGGUGUUCGCGGCCUACGCCCGCAACAGCUCGCUGCUGGGCCUGGCCCGGGGCCGCCCGGCGCUGUGCGAUGCCUUCGCCUUCGCCAUGACCUUCUUCGGCCUGGCCUCCACGCUCAUCCUCUUCGCCAUGGCCGUGGAGCGCUGCCUGGCGCUCAGCCACCCCUACCUCUACGCCCGGCUGGACGGGCCGCGCCGCGCCCGCCUGGCGCUGCCCACCAUCUACGGCUUCUGCGCCGUCUUCUGCUCGCUGCCCCUGCUGGGCCUGGGCCAACACCAGCAGUACUGCCCGGGCAGCUGGUGCUUCAUCCGUAUGCGCUCGGCCGAGCUGGGCGGCUGCGCAUUCUCGCUGGCCUACGCCAGCCUCGUGGCCCUGCUGGUGGCCACCAUCUUCCUCUGCAACGGCUCAGUCACCCUCAGCCUCUGCCGCAUGUACCGCCAGCAGAGGCGCCACCACGGCUCGCUGGUCCCCAGCCCCCGGGCGGGCGAAGACGAGGUUGACCACCUGAUUCUGCUGGCCCUCAUGACGGGCAUCAUGGCCGUGUGCUCCCUGCCUCUCACGAUCCACGGCUUCACCCAGGCCAUCGCCCCGGACAGCAGUGAGAUGGGGGACCUCCUCGCUUUCCGUUUCAAUGCCUUCAACCCCAUCCUGGAUCCCUGGGUCUUCAUCCUUUUCCGCAAGGCCGUCUUCCAGCGGCUCAAGCUCUGGUUCUGUUGCUUGUGCCUGAGGCCUGGCCCGGGCGACUUGCAGACGUCCCUCUCCCAGCCGGCCUCGGGGAGGAAGGGCUCAAGGGCCCCCACUGCUGUCGGGGGGAAGGAUGGGAGCUGGGUGCAUUCGUCAGCCUGGGGCGAGGGGCAGGGGGCACCCUUGCCUGUCCUACAGCCAUCCAGCAGCACCGUGGGAACACCGUCCAAAGUGGGGUCCGAGACAGCCUGCUCCCUCUGCUGACAUCUGCCCCGUGAUCUCCUGCCCUGUCUUCCGAGAGCAGCAGCCAGAAAUUCAGGGACUUGACCGGUGGCUGCGGGUGGACAAGCCCAGAGCUGGAUCCUGGAGCCCAGCCGGCCAGAAUGUUGACCCCCUGGAUUCAGGGGGGUGAUCAGCUGCUAUUUCUCCUCCUUCGGGGUGGCCACGAUGGGCUGUGGGAGGAGGGAGAGAGGGAGAGGAAACAAUUAUCCCGGAGCAUAAAAAGAACAGUUCUCUCAAAAUAUCCGGUGACCUGGGUGGCCUGGUCUGGCCCUCGCUUUGCCUAUCCAUCUCGCUGUCUAAAUAUUUAGAAGGCAGAAAAGUUCCCAACAGCUUCUGUGCACUCAGGUCUGCUCUGGUUAGGGUUCUGGCUCUGAUCCUCAUUCAUGCAGGGUGCCCUGGAUACCCACCCCAAACCCCCAGCGGACAGCCCUGCCCUCUCCCAGUGCACUCCAAGAGCCACCCUCUCUCUGCCUCAUGGGAGCCCAGGAUUCUCCGACAAGCUCCCUGCUUCCUUUUACUUCUGAUUCCCCAUCAGACUUGGGAGGCCUGGUCCCUGCAGGGGAGGUGAAGAAGGGGAGACUGUUGCAUUGUGGGUGACACCACUGGACAGGUGCCUGGAAACUGCAUGGCUUGGUGAGUUGCAAGAUGUGGAUGGUGGGGCCCUGGGCUGGGGGAGAAGCUGGGGAAUGAAGCGGUGGGAGGUACAGAACCCAGGGACGGCCCAAGAACUCAGACCUAAGUCCUGUGCCUGUCCCUAUGCCCCCUCUCAGAGCCUCACUUCACCGCCUGCGUCCUGGGAACUGCCACCCAAAUAUCAUUCAUUCAUUCAUUCAUUCAUUCAACAUAGUGGGCGCUGACUCUACCAAGUGAUGGGGACACAGAGCAGUCUCGGCCCCACCCUGGAUUCCUCUGGGGUGAUUUCCAGCCUUCAAUUCCCCUUCUGAUUGCUGGGGUGAUGUCCAGCCAUCCACCCCUCCCCCCUUCUCGUUGCCAUCCCCUGCCCUCAGGUACAGAAUUCAAGGGUUUUCCAGGAGUGAACAUGAAAGGAAGUGGUGCUUCUGCUGGUGGGAGGAGGUGAAUGGGAAAGUCCCCCCAGACUCACCCCCCCAGCCCUGGGUUCCCCUUUCUCACUUGGCUUCAGGGUUAAAACAGUAAAUCUGCCCCUGGGGAGGACUGGAGGAGUAGACGAGGCAUGAGCUUCCUAUAAAGACAAUAGCGGCAGCCAUGGAACCCGUGGCCCCUGCAGUGGGAGCCCAGAGUCCUAACCACUGGACCACCAGGGAAGUCCCUGGUCUAUCUUUUUAGCUUCUUAGCUCAGAUCACUGUUGGGCUGAUGAGUUUGCUUUGGUUUCCUUUUGCGUAGUAUGGUGAUCAUAAUCUAAUACUUAGCUUACAAGGCCGUGCUGAGGAUUAAAUAAUUCCCCCGAAAAGCAGUUUAGCACAGGGCCUGGAGUAAAGCCCACAAUACGGGUUACUGUUACUGCCGUUGUUGUUGUUGUGGCUACUGUAGUGGUCUUUGGCAACUGGGCAAAUGCUAUUUGAAAACAACGCUUUUCUCCAUUGGUUUGACUUCUUCCCACCAGACAUUAUGUUUCAUUUGAAGGGGUGUCUGCGAGAGUUAAAAAUAGGUCAAACGACUGCUUAAUGGGUAUGGGGUUUCCUUUUGGGGUGAUGAAAAUGUCCUGGAACUAGAUAGUGGCGGUGGUUGUACAACGUCAUGAAUGUACUAAAUGUCACCGAAUUGUACUUUUUAAGAUGGUUAAAAUGGUACAUUUUGUGUUAUGGGUAUUUUACCACAAUAAAAAAAAAAUGUAAUACUGAAAAAAAAAAUUGAGGAAGUUUAGAAACUUUUAUAGCAAUCUUGCCAGAGAAAUAUUGUAUCGCUUGAAUUUAUUUUUCAUUUAUUUUUAGAAUAUUUUAUGUAUUUAUUUUUGGCUGCGUUGGGUCUUCGUCGCUGCACGUGGGCUUUCUCUAGUUGCGGCGAGCGGGGGCUACUCUCCGUUGCGGUGCGCGGGCUUCUCGUUGCGGUGGCUUCUCUUGUUGCGGAGCACAGGCUCUAGGCACGCGGGCUUCAGUAGUUGUGGCUCACAGGCUUAGUUGCUCUGCAGCAUGUGGGAUCUUCCCAGACUAGGGAUUGAACCAGUGUCCCCCGCAUUGGCAGGCGGAUUCUUAACCACUGCGCCACCAGGGAAGUCCUAUUGCUUGAAUUUAAUAGUAAAAAUUUGACUUGUACCAAAACAAACCAAAAAACAGUUCAAGAAACAACAGGUGGGGUCCGGCCUUUGUUACCAAUCCCGGUCCGGCCUCAGUGGGAACCAGCCCAAAGGUGCCCCUGGAGGAGCGUGCAGAAGGGAUGGGAUGGAGGGGCUGCAUUUCAGGCAGGAGUCGAGGUGGGGCAGGGCUGCCUGUCCAGGCAAGACCCGGGGGGUGGGGGGCACGCUUCCCUCCUCUCUC